CCUUCCCCUUCUCGUUUUUUUGGUUCCACCAGAGGAUCUCUCUCUCUUUCGUUUUUCCCUCUCUCGACGCCGCCCACUCCACUCACCGCCGCCUCGUCGGCUUCUUCGCAUCAUUACAUCGCCUGUUCCCCUUUUUUGCAUUUUUUUAGGGAAAGGCUACCGCGCAUUUUGGACCAAAAGAGGAUCACCAUGGCGAGCACCGAGGACAAACCGGCCACCAAGGAGAACACUUCCAGCUGGAAGACCUCCUUCUACAACCCGAGGACCGGGGAGGUGAUGGGUCGCACGGCAAGCAGCUGGGGCCUCAUCCUGUUGUUCUACCUGGUGUUCUACUCUUUCUUGGCUGGCAUGUUCACCCUGACCAUGUGGGUGCUGCUGAUCAGUCUGGAUGACUACGUGCCCAAGUACCAGGACCGCGUUCCCGAUCCAGGGUUGGUGAUUCGUCCCAAUGCUCUGGAUAUGUCAUUCAACAAAUCUGACCCCCAGAAGUAUGGACAUUAUGUCAAGCACCUGGAGUCUUUCCUGGAAAGAUAUAAUGAUUCACAGCAGGACAAUAAUGUGGAUUGCCCCCGAGGAGAGCAUUUUAUGCAGGACGGCACCGAUGACAUGAAUAAGAAAGCUUGCAUCUUCAAGAGGGGCUUCCUGAGUCUCUGCUCUGGUCUCUCUGACACCAAUUUUGGAUAUUCUGAGGGAAAACCCUGUGUCCUGCUGAAAAUGAACAGGAUAAUUGGCCUGAAGCCUCGCGGGGAUCCCUACAUCAACUGCACAGUCAAAAAAGAGGGCCCCGUUCAAAUGCAGUACUUCCCCAGUGAGGGGCGCAUUGAUAAGAUGUAUUUCCCCUACUACGGCAAGAAAGCCCAUGAGAGCUACGUUCAGCCCCUUGUGGCUGUGAAGCUGCUGCUCACCAAGGACGACUACAACAAGGAGCUGCCGGUGGAGUGCGUGGUAGAAGGCACCAACAUCCGCAACAACGACUUAAGGGAUAAGUUCCUGGGUCGCGUUACCUUCAGGAUCAAGGUGGUCGAGUAGAAGAGAAGACAGCUGUCAAGAAGAAACCAGAUGCAGAAGCUGCCACGUUUGCUUAGGGUUUAUGUUUAACAUGUUAAGAAAGAAGGAAGUGUUAAAUAUGUCACAAAGACAACAUUUUGGGAGGAGGGCAAACUGUUAGAUGUAGAUAGGAGAGUCGGUUAGAUAUUGAAUGCGGCUUUGCUAACAUCUCUGACCCUUCUUUCCUUCACCAUCUCCUCAAAGAUCAGAGACGCAGGUUCUGCUCCUGAUCCCAUUCAUCCAUUCUUUCAUUCACCAGUUGCACUGUUCAUACUUCACUCAGUUUAUUAUUAUCAUUGUUAUUAUUUUUACUAUUGAUGUGAUGAGAAUACGUUUAGCCACUGCAACCAAGCUGUUGUGUAAUUGCUGAUACAACUUAUUUUUUAUGUUUUGUAGAUCUUUCUGCUGUCAGGAAGAGAGUGUUGUUUUCAUCUCUCCGAACUGUGUGAACGGCUGCAUUAUUGCUGGUGUUGAGAGGAUUUUUAUCUUGUUGUAUAGUAUAAUUGAGAAAGUAGACCAUUUCCAAACACAUCUCCAGAGUAUAGGAACGUACCUUGAUAAUCAAGUAUAGCCACUGUAUCCCUGUAUAUGAAAUGCCAAUUACAAAGUCCCUUUCUACAUAUAAAUACAUUGUGAUCCUUAUCAUAUUUAGGGAAUUAUAGAUAGAUCAUGGUGUUGUGGUCUGCGUAGCCACAACCCAGUCUUGUGCUGUCUGUCUGCAUGUCUGUCUGUCUGUCUUCCCGUCUUCCUGUUUACUCACCUCUUCACUGCAAUAGCCAACAUGUGGGUGAGCCCUCCUGGACUUGAUACAGUGUCCAGCUCCACCUCACGCGGUGCUGCGUAGUGAUGGGGACUGAGGCGACACACACACACACACACACACAAGAAGGUACAGUUUAAAAAAAAGAAGCCUUUAAGGCAAAGAGGCGCUGGGAAAGCGUUGCAUAAAUUAAAAGUUCACUGUAACUAUGUACUGUAUAUCUUUAUGUGAUCUGUGUAUCUAUCUGGGUCACAGGGAUUGUUUGUUAGUUUUCUCUCUUCGGCCCGUUGAUCUGAUUGUCUGCCAAUCUAUUACUCUUCAAUGUAUAUAUACACUAUCUACCAUAUUUACUUCACACCGUAUUUUUGUCAUAAAACACAAUGUCUGUGCAUUGUAAAAAAAAUAAUUUAAGCAAAGAUUUACAGGAUAUUAUUAUUAUUCAAAGCUAUGUUUACACAGUCUUAAAAGGAACCCGAUUUUGAAAGAUCAACUUGUAAAAUCUCUUCAGGGUGCCUUUUAUUGUGGAAUAAAAGUGAUUUUGAAGAAAAAACAA